AAUUACAGUAGACAUGUUAGCAGGUGUGGCUUGUGAUGGAGAGUAGCCUAUAAGCCCCUCAUGGUCUCUCGACAAACAGACUCAUUUCAGCAACUCAGACUCAAGUGAACAACAACAACAACAGAAGCCAAAGUGAAAAUGUAUGGUAAUAACGGCAUUAUUUUAACAAUGUGCAUUCAAAUCCUGAAUGCAAUAUCAGGAAAGGAAGCUUUUAGAUUGGAGUUGUUUCCAUUAAAUACCUUGGUUCAUGUUGGCAGUACUCUGGAGUUAAACUGUCGCGUGAAAGAUUGUCCGGGUGACGCGAGCUUCUUCUGGAGUACUCUUGGAGACAAUUCUCACGGUGGAGAUGUUAACAGCAACCAGACUGUUUCCAGACUGAUCUUCAGCAACAUCUUACCCGAACACAGUAAAACAAUUGUGUGCAAAGCUCAAUGCUCAGGAAAUUCGCGAGAGAAAAAAGCUGUCGUGCAGGUGUAUUCAUUUCCUACAGAUCCUGUGGUAACCACAAAAAAACAUUUAAAAGCAAACCAAAUUCAAUGGCUCAGCUGCACCAUCCACAACAUUUACCCUGCAGACAAGUUUAAAAUUGAGUGGAUUCGUGGAGAUGAGACCUUUUACGAGGAAGUACCUGACAUAUAUGACUAUGAAGAUGUUCAGAAUUUCACGUCUACGUUCAACUACACUCCUUCUGUCACUGAUCUGGGCAAGAAUAUCAGCUGCAGGGUAACACUCAAUCUCCCUGACUUCCCUACUGAGUUGUACAGAUCAAGUCGUACAACAACUCUUGAAUAUGGACCUGGAACAAUUACCGUUUCCAGUAAUAACGCAAUAGUACAGCUUGGGGAACAUUUGGAGAUAACAUGUCAUGCAAACGGAAAUCCUCAACCAAAAAUCCUGUGGUGGAAAAUUGGGGAGAGCAAUCCCAUAGCUGAGGGCCAGAAUGAGAAGCUGGUAAUAAACAAUGCUUCCUCAUCUCAGGAAGGUCAGUACGAGUGUGAAGCAAGAAAUGAGGUGGGGAGCCUACGAAUGCCAGUGAAGAUUCAAGUUCCUCCAAAGAUCCCCAAAAUCCAGCUGGAGAAUGGUGUAGACCCAAGUAAAGGAGAUAACAUAACCAUACUCUGUUCCUCAGAGAGUGGACAAGCAACACUCAAAUUGUCUGGAAAUAACCAAGUAGCAGAAGUGCUGAACGGGUUAGCCGUGUUUUUUAACCUUCCAUCCGUUACAACAGCAGAUGCAGGGGUUUAUGUUUGUAAAGCUAAAAAAUGACUUGGGGAUCAAGGGAAGCAUAAUCAACAAUACAGUUAAAGAACUUCAGGAUAUUUCCAUGACACCAGACCUACCAACAGUCUUAGUGCCAGCUGUAGGGUCAGUGUCACUUCUGACUGCAAUAGCUGUGCUGAUCCGAUACCUUAGGAAAAUCAAUAGAAACUCUGUCAACAUACCAAUGAACUAAACCAAUAUUCUUGAAACCAUGAUGCAACAUCUUCUGCGGAUUUUUUCUAUACAAUUUCUCAUAAACAAUAGAUACAGUAAAUUGGGCUGGGCUGUCUAUUUAGUAUUUGUUAUAUAUGUACUCUGAAUAAAUACAAUGUAUACACAAUCAAUUUACAUAACUGCAUAUUUACAUUAACUUGAGUAAUAAAUAAGUAACAAGUAAUACAUAUUAAGGGAUAAUGUAAAUCAAUCAUAUUCAAGACGUAUAUGUGUAUUGUAUUGUUUUCAUAUUGUUUUAGUGUCAUUUUUCUUCUUUUAAUCUUCCAUCCAUGUCAACCAAUGUAUAACAGCCAGAACCAUUUAAAUUUCCGCUUCAUCAUCUAAUUUUCCGGUUUAUAUUUGAUAUAUCCAGUUUAGAUUUAAAGAGAUCGGACUGUUUGUGUUACAUUCAUGGAUUUCUUCAUAUAAAGUGAUCUUAUGGCUUCAGUUCACAAGGCAAUUUUUUUUGUCAAUUUAUGCAAUAA